UCACAUCCUACAGCACAGCGCUCUCCCUGCUUCCCUGCCAUAGCAUGGCCAGUUCGAGUAAAGCGACUUUAAUCUUGCUCAUCUACGGAAUCUUAAUGCACUACAGCGUCUUCUGCACACCUAUCGGACUAAGUUACCCUAAGAUUAGACUUGACAACGACGCCUUCGAUGAGGAUGGGAAUUCAUUAUCCGACAUGGGUUUUGAUAGCGAUCAGAUUGCUAUACGAAGCCCACCGUCCUUGAACGACGACGCGUACACCCUAUACUAUCCACCAGAGAAGAGACCAGAAAGGCAUGCUGAGGAAGAAUUAGAUAGAGCCUUGAGGGACAUCCUGGGUCAGUUAACAGCGAGACAUUAUCUGCAUUCUCUGAUGACAAUUCGUGCAGGUGACGACAACAGCAUGGAGGAAGAGUCAGAGCCCUUAUCCAAAAGACAUUCAGAUGGGAUCUUCACCGACAGCUACAGUCGCUAUAGAAAGCAGAUGGCCGUGCAGAAAUACCUGGCAGCGGUUCUGGGAAGAAGGUACAGACAGAGAGUUAGGAACAAAGGACGCCGACUUGCCUAUUUGUAGCGUUGUUAAAGCGCCCAAACUGCCCUCCUGUGUAUAUACAUCCAGUCGUUAAAUCAAAGUCAUUCAGAUAUAUCUGACCAACCAGUGGAUUGCGCCUGUGUUCUUUCAACAUGUAU